UGAAUAUGGAGAAUAAUGGGUAGAAGGUUACAAAUGUUACAAAAGAAUAUUGGUCAAUUAUUUUCAUCACAGCAAGCGAAUCUCAUUCGCAGAAUUCAGAAUUCAAAGAAGAGAAGAGAAAUGGCGUCGGUAGUGAGGGGUAUUUUCAAGUCAAUCAGGGAAAAAGGUCUCGGAAAUUUCGCCAGGGAGCUACGUGAAGAAGGAUACUUGAGUUGUCUCACCGAUGGAAAUCUUUUGCAAACCAAGAUCCACAACAUAGGUGCAACACUUGUUGGUGUGGAUAAAUUUGGUAACAAAUACUAUGAGAAGCUAGGCGAUACGCAAUAUGGAAGACACCGGUGGGUGGAGUAUGCACAGAAGGAUCGUUACAAUGCUUCACAAGUUCCACCAGAAUGGCAUGGCUGGCUCCAUCACAUCACUGAUCACACUGGUGAUGAACUGCUACUGCUGAAACCAAAGAGGUAUGGGCUUGAGCACAAGGAGAACUUUUCUGGUGAAGGUGAUGCGUACAUAUAUCACUCCAAAGGCCAUACUUUAAAUCCUGGACAGAGAGACUGGACUAGGUACCAAACUUGGCAACCCACCAAGAAGGAAUAGGUUCCAAUUUUCUUCGGAAAAGCAAUUUCUGCAGCAGCUGGACAAUUAUAUGUAUGUGCUGCAAUGA